UAUAUUACACAUACAUAUGAUUGCUGGAGUGCUUUAUGUAGGUACAUGGGGCAGAAAAUUCUUAAAGAGAGGGCGGCCUUCUUCAAAUAUCAGGAAGAAGCAUGAAACAAUAAAUCGAGAUGAGCCCAGAUUAAAUAGUUGAAUUUGAACUCUCUUCAGACCUCAAACAAUAAGUCACCGUUGUUUUUUUUAGUAAAAUGUUAAGCCCCCUAUUGUUGGGAAACAUUAUUUAACUUCUGAACAAAACUUGGGUUCACCCCUUAGGGUGAACCUUCUAAUUCACCUCAAUGCUUAACACUAAUCAAAAUGACAUGUAGGAUUAGUUAAAAAAGGAAUUAAAACUAAAAAAAUAAAUGAAAAAUAACUAAAAGAAAAAAAAAGAGGACGUCUCAGUUGACCAAGGAAUUGAACGUGAUGUCCAUCGGCUUCUUCUUCAUAGCCCACAGAGAUAUAUCUAAUUGACAAAACUGAAAUUGAAAACAUAAAAUUUUAACUGAUCGUCUUCGAUUUGACUUAAAUUUGUUUACUCUUUCACUAAAAAUGAAAAACUGGGUUAAAGAGACCCUCAUGUUGUGACACCAUCAUCAUCAAAUUGUAUUGCUAACUAGCUGCCAAAGAACCAAAAUCCUUGAAAACAACAAGACAUCUUUGGAAUUCCACAUCAAACAAACAAAAAAGUUAGUCUUAAUCAUGUUUUAGACAUUAGUGGGUUUUGAUUUUCCUCAUACGAAGAACCAUAGUUGCUGAUCUUGUUUCCUAUGUCAAAGCCUUCCUCUCUUGCUUUAUUUCAGAAGCACUGCUUCUUCCUACUACUAGACAGCUUAAAUAUGGUGUUAAUUUCAACUAAUCUCCUUGAAGAGACCUCUUGAAUAAGCAAGGGCUAGUAAAGCAGCGAUGUGGUAAAUGGUAUUUGUCUAUUUGAGUUUUUUUUAUAUGUAAGAGUAUUAGAAUGUGUGAACUUGUGUAAUAAUAAGGACUAAUGAGCCUUAACCAUUGUUUUUACUUCAUCUUUUUGAGUAAUGUAAUGAGAGUUUUUUAAAACUCAAUCAGCAGAUUGCUAGAAGGCUCGUCACACUGCAAGUAUGUUUUAUAUCUUAUUCAGAGAAGCAGGCAAACAGAUACGAGGUGUGGUCAACUCAGUUUAUAGGAUUGAAACUUUCACAGUUUGUUAAACCAUAGGUAUGCAUAGAACAAAACUCUCUCCCUGACAAAGGUUAUCGACUUGUACCACCAUUGAUCUGUUGUCGAAUGUGAAAGAUGUCUUGUUGUCUUGUGUUUUCAAGGGCUUUGGUUCUUUGGCAGUUUGUUAACAGUUUUUUUUUUUAAUGAACGAGUAACCAAAUUUAAGUCAAAUCGAAGACGAUCGGUUAAGACCUUAUGUUUUCAAUUUCAGUUUUGUUAAUUAGAUAUACUUCUAUGGGGGUGAAGAAGAAGAAGCCAACGGAGAUCGAAGAUCACGUCAAUUCCUUGGUUACCGGCGACGCUUCUUUUAGUUAGUUUCCAUUUAUUUUUUUAGUUUUAAUUCUUUUUUUAACUAAUCCUACAUGUUACUUUGAUUGGUGUUAAGCAUGGAGGUGAAUUAGAAGGUUCACCUUAGGGGGUAAACCCAAGUUUUGUUCUUAACUUCUUACACCAUCUGAAAAAACUCAUUUUGAAUAUCUCAACUGUAAAAUAUUUGUAUUCUAUUAUAUUUUGUUAAACAUUUUGCAUUGCGGUGAGAAACACUUUAGUCUCAGCUUCCAAACUAGAUGACGCUUCUCCUAAACUACUAGAUCCCCACAUUUUUUGUAGAAACAUAGCUAUCUCUUACAAUCCAACCCUCUUUCACCUGACCUGUACGAGAAUCAAAAGCAGCAUCAUAAUUAUACUAUAUAAUCCUUCUACCGGACGUUUUCAAACGGCAAAACGUGUAGCAGGUGUAUCAAGAGACUAAUUCUAAGUAUUGAGGAGAACUAUGUACUGAAAGCUAAGAGCUACCACGAUUUUCAAUAUAUAAAUCUAAAAAGGAAAGAAUAUUCGUAUGAUCCUUGAACUGGUAAUGAAUUUCAGUACCAAUACUUGAUCAAUAUAUUUGAAGUUUUCGUAGAUUCACUGAAAAUUCCGAAACCACCAAAUUUUAAUUAAAGAUAAUGUUUUUGAACACAAUUAAAGAUAAUUAUAGUCAAACUUCGUAUGUGCUACUUAUAGCUUUAUACCAAAUUAUUAUCAAAAUUAAUUAGCUAAACUGAAACGAAAACAUAACUCCAAAUGAAUAGAAAACAAAAGGGGAAAAAUCUAAUAGCUAGAAACAAGAUAACAUAGUACAAGUCCCGAAAGGAAAAAAACCCGUUCACGUAAUAUCAGUUUUGUCUUGCACAGAAUGUGAAGUGAUUUAUUUCGGGAACGAGAGUAUUUACCUUCUAAACUAAAAUUACUAUAUUAUCAUUCAAAUUUGAUGUAAAGUAAUUUUGUUGGCUUCACUUUCCGGAGUUUAGUGCUUACUUUAUUCAUUACAUAAUCGUUUGGUUAUACGAAAACACCCAUAAACUGGGGAAGUAAUUAUAUUUAAACAAGACAGUCAUACAGAAACAGACUACAGUUAUACUUCGUCUUAAUUAGUAUAUAAAUCGUAUGAAUUAUGUAGUCUUCUUGUUUGUGUCUCCACAAGAUUUAGUACAAAGCAAAUAUUAUCUUACACUGCAAUGGGUUUUCAUAUGUUUCCUUCUGUUCCCGUCAUAAUUUUCAUAUUGCAUGGCUCCAGUUAUUCCCAUAAAGAUAAAGGGUUUUACGGAUUUAUGAAAGAUGCAACAUCAGCACCAACGUAUGCUCGCUUCGACUACAUAGUUAUUGGAGGAGGAACCUCGGGUUGUUCAUUAGCUGCAACACUCUCUCAAAACGCAAGCGUUUUGGUUCUCGAACGCGGCGGCUCUCCCUACGACAAUCCGAGGGCCACAGACAUCGAAAACGUCGCCAACACGCUCUUAAACAUCACACCAAACUCGUGGUCGCAGCCUUUCAUCUCCGAGGAUGGCGUUUACAACACACGUGCACGCGUCCUCGGAGGUGACUCGGUGCUGAACGCUGGGUUUUACUCACGUGCGGAAGAGUAUUACGUGAAGGAGGCUGAGUGGGAGAUGGAGGAAGUGGAAGCUGCUUACGAGUGGGUCGAGAGGAAACUUGUGUUCGAGCCACAAGUAACCGGAUGGCAAUCUGCGUUAAAAGAUGGGCUUUUGGAGGCUGGUGUGUUACCGUACAACGGUUUCACCUUUAAACAUAUAAUAGGGACGAAGAUUGGCGGUUCCACCUUCGACUCUGCCGGCCAUAAACACUCGGCCGCGGAUUUGUUAGAGUAUGCUAAUCCGGACAAAAUUGCUGUCUACUUGCACGCUACUGUGCACAAAAUCCUCUUCACCACAAAAGGAAACCAAAGACCUAAAGCGUACGGAAUGAUAUAUCAAGACGCGGAUGGAAUGUUCCACAAGGUAGAGCUGGCAGAAAAUGCAAUGAACGAGGUGAUUUUGUCGGCAGGUGCACUUGGCAGCCCUCAGCUGUUGAUGCUAAGCGGUGUAGGUCCUAGGGCUCAUCUUGAAGCCCAAGGGGUGGACCCCGUGGUUAUAGAUCACCCCAUGGUUGGACAAGGGAUGGGAGAUAAUCCUAUGAACAGUGUGAUUGUCCCCUCUCCUCAACCUGUAGAAUUGUCCCUCCCUCAGGUCGUUGGAAUCACCAGGUUUGGCAAUUUCAUUGAAGGUUUUAGUGGAUUGAGUCUCUCUUAUAACUUGACACGUAUGUUCUUUGAGACAAGACUCUCCACUCAAUCAAUCACAAGUUUUAUCAACUCCAGUGAUUUUCAAUUGAAUUUGAUUGAAAUUGAUGGCGUCAUCUUCCAAAAAGUCGAUGGUCCGUUCUCUAGAGGUUACUUAGAACUCAGGAAUACCAAUCCAGAUGAUAACCCUUCUGUGACAUUCAACUACUACCAAGAGCCAGAAGAUCUUGAGAAAUGUGUUAAAGGACUUGAAACCAUUAUUGAAGUGAUAAACUCGAAUGCAUUCUCCAAAUACAAGUAUUUGAAUGCAACCGGACGCGAGUUGCUCAAUCGCAUGCUGGGCCUUCCCACCAAUCUGAGGCCGAGGCACGUGACUUCAGUGUUCAACUUGAGGCAAUUUUGCAUCGACACCGUGAUGUCUGUUUGGCAUUACCAUGGAGGUUGCCAAGUUGGAAGAGUGGUCGACAAGGAUUACAAAGUUUUAGGCAUUGAUGCGUUGAGGGUCAUCGAUGGAUCCACUUUUCUUAAGUCUCCUGGGACUAAUCCUCAAGCCACGGUAAUGAUGCUCGGAAGGUCAUGGGGCAGAAGAUUCUUCGAGAGAGAAAUGCUUCCGGGGAAAAAAGGGACUAAUCGAUCAUUAAAGAUGAGACCAAUAUAUACUCUCCAUUGUCCAAAUAAAAGACUAUUGUGUUAUUGAUGUUGUCAAUUACUAGUUAUGCUCUUAAAUGAGAUGAUUAGUGAUCAUCUUCUUAAUAUGAUGCGAAGUUAUAAUGUUGGGUAAAGUUGGUGCCUUCUUCGGUUUAAGAGGAACCAUUAGUGACUUCAACCAGUUUCAUAAAAUGCAAGAUCCAAAUUUGUAGUACCAACACAAGUCAUACUUAUUCGCCAACGAAUAGUUGAAGAA